ACUCAACACCGCACGACGUCAAGCAUCACGCCCGAACACCUGCUCCGACCACCGACCCUCGUUUGACCCAGCUCCAACAACCAAUUCGCCAUCAUGACGCGCGCUACCCAGACCAUCAGCAUUGGCAUGCUCCUGACCUCCAUCUACCUUUCCCUGUUCCUCCAAGUCGUCCCUCUGCCUCAGAAGAUCCAAGAGGAGAUUGUUCCUUUCCUUCCCUUCUGGGCUCUCAUCUCCUUCGGCGCAUACCUCCUCUUCAAGCUCGGCUGGGGAGUCUUCACCUUCAACGACGUACCCCAAGCGCACGCGGAGCUGAUGCAGCAAAUAGCAGAGGCGCGGAAAGACCUCCAGGCAAAGGGCGUAGAUGUUGGUGAAGACUAGACAAGAUAGAUUUCCAGGGAGCAACAUAAUUAGUCUUGGUUUGGAGCACAAGGUGGGGAUAUCACAGAAUCUGUAAUGGAUGGGUAUUUGAACGUUCUACAAAUGCUAUGCCAAGACAACUUCUAGUCUGGCCAAAUUCGAAGCUCAUGCUGCCGCAGCGGCUUCCGCCUUCUUUUGUGCCUGCUUCAACUUCUUCUCCGUCCUCAUGAACUC